AUGGCCGACGUCAUUUCAGACGAUGGGAAACACUCAGCCAAGGACAACCUGAACAUCGGGUUCAAUGAGGGCGACCAGGCUUACAUCAUUGUCUCGGCCGCCAUGGUCAUGAUCAUGGUGCCGGGUAUCGCUUUCCUCUACUCCGGUCUUGCCAGGAGAAAAUCUGCUUUGUCGCUCAUCUGGGUUGUCAUGAUGUCUUACAGCGUUAUUGUCUUCCAAUGGUACUUCUGGGGUUAUUCGCUUGCUCUCAGCCCGACCGCAACAAACGGCUAUAUCGGUAACCUCGACAAAUUCGGUCUCAAGGGCGUCCUCGGCGAUCAGUCUCCCGGUUCUCCUCUCGUGUCGGAGCUUCUCUAUUCGUUCUACCAGAUGCAAUUCCUGGGUGUGACGGCUGCCCUCGUGAUUGGCGCUGUUGCUGAGCGUGGUCGUGUCAUUCCUGCCAUGGUCUUUACCUUCAUCUGGGCCACUCUCGUCUACUGCCCACUUGCCUGCUGGACCUGGGGUGCCAACGGCUGGGCCUUCAAGUACGGCGUUCUCGACUAUGCGGGUGGUGGUCCUGUCGAGAUUGGCUCCGGUAUGUCGGCUCUGGCCUACUCGUGGGUCCUGGGUCGCCGCAACGAGAAAAUGAUGCUCAACUUCCGCCCGCACAACAUCUCGCUCAUCACCCUCGGUACCAUCCUCCUCUUCUUCGGCUGGCUCGGCUUCAACGGCGGUUCUGCUUUCGGUGCCAACCUGCGUGCUACCAUGGCUUGCUGGAACAGCGCUCUCACUGCAAUGUUCGCUGCCAUUACUUGGUGCAUUCUGGACUACCGUCUUGCCAAGAAGUGGUCGCUCGUCGGCUGGUGCUCGGGCACUAUCUCGGGUCUCGUCGCUGCAACUCCUGCCUCCGGUGUUAUCACCCCCUGGGCUAGCGUUAUCCUCGGUAUCACCGCCGGUGUCGCUUGCAACUUUGGUACCAAGAUCAAGUUCAUGAUCAAGAUUGACGACGCUCUCGAUGUGUUCGCUGAGCACGCUAUUGGUGGUAUUGUCGGUCUCAUUUUCAAUGCCCUCUUCGGUGCCGAUUACAUUAUUGGUCUCGACGGUGUCAACAUGGAGCUCAAGGCCGGCUGGAUCAACCACAACUGGAAGCAGCUGUACAUCCAGGUUGCCUUCAUUGUUGCCUGCUGCGCCUACACCUUUGUCGUCUCUGCCCUUAUUGCUAAGGCCAUCGACAUGAUCCCCGGCCUCCACCUGCGUGCGUCGUCCGAGGCUGAGCUGCUCGGUAUGGACGACGACCAGCAUGGCGAGUUCGCUUAUGACUACGUCGAGGUCCGCCGUGACUACCUUGCCUGGACCCCCGCUGAGCGUGAGCCCAAGGCCGACGGCGCUGUCAUCAUUCCGCAGCACGGAAUUGAGGGUCACCAGGCUCUUCUCGAGAGCACGCGUCAGAACACCCCUACCCCUCAGGGCAGUGCCCCUGCCACGCCGCCAGAGAAGACCGUCUAA